ACGUGUGUGUUCUGUGUACGAGAAAGACCGUUGAUGAACAGCUGCUCUUAACUAAUAUUUUGUAUGAAUUUUUUUGGAACGCACUCGUUGCACAACCGGGUCCGGCGUGUAACGUGCGUUUCGGUAUAAACCGCAGUGUCGUUAGUUUUGUUUCUAAUUUUAUUUGUUUACAAGUUUUAACGAUUAUUUUAAAAUUAUUAAAUCGUUCAGUGUUGUUUCAUGUAUUUUUCAACUUAAAAUAUUCAAAUACUUAAGCGGUCGGUACAUAAUAGAAGUUUCAUAACAUUACAUGUAUCAACUUUAUUGUCCAUGACUUAUCAAUGAAAAAUAUUUUCACCUGCGAUCAGACAGCCUAAUUUAAAGUGAUUUCGUGACAUGAGUUCAACUACUUCACAGAUUAGUGAUUUUAACUUAUUAAGAAAAUACGGAAAAAGGUCGUCAAAAAAAAAUAACUCUACUAUCAGUGAUUUGUACAAUAACUUGUAUUCUAGUCAAAUGGUCGCGACAAUCGACCAGAAAAACAAAAUGUCACCUCAAAGGACAAUAUCUUUGGGCUCAUUACAUCAUGCAUCACAGACACAAUACAUGGAGCCUAGAUUGACGCAGCUUGAAACUUUAGAGGCAAAGAUGGCUAAUAUCGAAGUUUCGUUGUCAACAACGUUGAAGAAGCCAAAGAAGAGCUUUACGCCUAUAAUUCCAAACAAUUCACAACCAACGCCACCUCCAACCGUCAUACAUGGUUCUCAAAAAAACACAACUACACCAACUAAAACAAUGAACGGUUACAUGUUAAAAUCUACAAACAAUAAUUAUGAUAAAGAAAAUUUUAAUCAUAACACCAUUUCAAAAUCUCCAAUUAAUCAAAAUCAUCUAGUCAGCGAUAUUCACACCAAUGAAGAGAAUAAUAAUAAAAAUAAUCUACAGUUUAAUAAUGACAUUGUCAACGAUAGUGAAAAACUAUCAUUGACACAGAAAAUAAAUAACCUGAAAAAUGACAUCGACCAAAAGCGAUUGGCUAUUAAAAAUAUCAAAAUAUCUUUAGACCAAUUAGAUGUUACAGAUAAUAUUGAUACAAGAAUUCAACAAGCAGAACUUGAAUAUCAAUUAGGUAGAGAAGAAUUAAAUUUACUGAGUUUGAUGGAAGAAAUAAACAAAAAUAAAUGUCGUUUAGAAGAGGUAGAACAUCAAAACGAAAAAAAUGAAAACAACACAUUAUACAAUUAUUUAUCAUAUAAUCCAGAUACUGUUAUAAGCCUUCGAGCCAUAGAAAUUGAGUUCGAUCUAAAAAGUCCUAAAUUUGGAGUCGGUCCUAGAAAAGAUAAACCCGGUUUAUUUAUUGACUGGACCCUUGACGGAUUAGGAUUUUCAAAGGGAGACAGGUUGCUUGAGGUAAAUGGUAAAGUAGUGUUGUUAAUGAAAAAAAAAGAAGAUCUCAACCGUUUGUUAGAAGUUUCACCUGGCUGCGUACGUAUAGUGGUUAUGAAAAAUGGACCUACGGUUGACCAACUUGAAUUAGUGGCUCUUAAACGGGAAUUAGAUGAGUGUCGUGCUCAAGCUGAAGAGGUUGAUAGAUCCAGACAUGCGUACAAAACGGAUAACGUAAGGCUUUCUCAUCGAGUGUCUUAUCUUGAAGACCAAAUAUCAGAACUAAUGAAAACUCGAUCAUCGGCGGCAUCUGUACUAUUUCAAAGAGGUUCUAAUUCAGCUAUGGUCCGCAGCAAAAGUCCUAAACAUGGUGUCUCAGCUAUACAACAGUAUAAACGCAAACAACAACUAAUUUAUGACGAUAGACCAGUACUAGAUGGACCCGUUAAGACUCGUAUCCGUACUGUCCCUCGCCUAUACGGCAGUUCGGCAUCUGUCGAAUCAUUGGUGUCCACUUCUGACGUUAUAACAGUGGCCCCAAAAUCUUUUGAUGAUUUACAGGCUGUUUCACCUAAACGGAUUAGUAGAUGUCCACCCGGAAGAAGUAGUCGAACUCGACAUAUACGAGAAGCCCAACAGACUUUGUUUCGAUUUCUAGAUUCUGAAUCGUCGGGUUCGCCUUACCUACCACAAAUGUAUGCUAGCAGUAGUGGGAGCGUUAGAUCAUUAGACCUGGAAGCUGUUGAUCAUCAAAGAUUAAAAAGCAAUGAAUAUUAUUCACAUCUAACUGCUGGAGGUAAUUCGCUUCAUCCUAGUCGAUCCCUUAAUUACGAUUCAGAAAACUCUGGUGGUCGUCGCCCUAUGCCUCCUAAAAAACCACUACGCUUAUCCUUACAGCAAAGACAAAAAGAUAAAGAAAUAAAUGAAAAACGACACCACCGGAACAAUAGUCAUGAUGAAAUUGAUUUAUCCAUAAUAAACAACACCAUGUCACAAAUAAAAUAAUGUUACAAUAUUUUUGUACUUUUAACUUAAGUGACCAAAUAAAAUGUACACUAAAUA